CUCAAUCAUUACAGCAGAAUGAUCCUCAGCAUUGUCGCCCUAUCAUCUCUUGGUCGAAUGGUGACUGCAGACUGUACCCGGAAUGUUCUCGUCGCAGCUGCAGAUUUGUACGUUGCAGCCCAAACUGCAGGACAACUAGGCGACCUACAAAAGCUUCUCACUACCGAUUACAAAUAUCAAGAGAACAACAAAGCUUCAGAUGUGAAGUCCAGCGUUCUCGGCACAGCAUUGAAGAUCGAUCAUCGCAAAACGACCGCGGAUACAAUCGCAUGCGCCAGCUACACGGAACUCGUCGCGACCACUUCCAAACCAUAUGUGAUUGGGACUCAGCUUCGUCAUACUGCUGAUGGCGCAAAUGUCACACUGAUCGAUACAAUUGCUGCAACAACAGGCUCAUUGUCGUUCAAUGCGGCCAAGACCUUGGGCUACAUUCAGAAGGAGGAUUGGAGUGUGAUUGAUGCCUCGAAGAGGGAUAGUCGGACGGUGCUGCAGAACGCGGCUGAUGCAUAUCUCGACAUGUGGACUAAUGCCAGUGCAUAUAAUGCCGUGCCGUGGGGGACUCCUUGCGAACGUGUGGAAGGGUCUUCGUUGAAUUCUCCUUAUACGGUUGGGGCUCCGAAGGGUGGUAGUACGCAGCGGAAUUCAAUGCGUCGUUAUGUCAUUGAUGACACGCUUGGCUCUUGCGAUUUUCGCCUCGAGAAUGGAAAGUUGAGGUUUGUGCAUACUAUCACGCUUUAA